AUGGGAGAUCCUGACAGCCCAGCUGGACCUAUUCCGCUAACCAACUCCAGCAGCAGUCAGAAGCUGAAGAACACGAUCGAAAUGGAACUGUCGACGAAAGAGCAAGACCUGAUGACUCGACUAAAUACCACCUUUUUUUUGGCUUUGGUGAUAAUGAAAACCACCACUUGCGGGCACCAUACAAGAGCUCAAAAAUCUUCAACUCCACCCUACGGAGUGCGCGUGAGAUCAUUUUCGGUGCCGGUUUCCCUAACUAUUGCAUUGAAGACUCGAACUGCUUCGAUUGAUGUUGCUCGGCUGGUUGCAAACAGUAGCUUCCAUAUGGAUGUCGAAAUUGAGGUCCUUGACCCGCUUAAAAUGAUUGAAUUCGGUGGCACAGAUGAUGAUGUACUACACUGUCGGCUUAACGCAUCGCUUACCACAACCGUGUACUGCUUAGUGCAGUUUAACAUUGAUAGACCGGCACCCACGCAGGUAUCGUCUUGA